CGAAGGUCGAACGUGUGGAAAUCGGGCAUAAAAUACCAUUCCGAACGUGGCGUUAUCCGAUCUACGUUCUACGUGUUUCUACGUAGCCUCGACGCGCUCGGCGAUCUGCGAUCCGCGCCGAGUGCGCCUGGCAGACGAUUCCGAAAGUUAUUCCGGAAAAAUGUGUUUCUGCCAGCGUCCCUCGUACGGUUAGACGCGAUGUCCGAGUCGAAUUCGCUUAAAACGGACACAAGUAGUUCCAGCCUCCUGCGCCGAUUUCGCUUUCAAAAAAAACAAACGAGGAUCAUGAAUAUGUCUGAUGAGGAUAGUAAUUUGGUAAGUUCUGAUAUACAGGUCCGCCGUAAGCCCGUAAAUCGCAUUGAAGAUAGUGACAGCGACAUCGGCAGUCCAGGUAAGCCAAGUUCGGACUGCAAUGGCAAAGGUAAAGAGAAUAAAAUAAAGUACCUGACAACUUUGUAUCCGCAAAACGAUGUACUGCAUAUACAGGAAGUACUUACAAGUACCAAUUGGAACGUCGAAGAGGCUGAAGAAGCGCUUAAAAAAAAUAGAAAAAGAGGUUUAAAGCAAUCUGCAAAAAGUAGCAAAAAGAAAAGGAAAUUAGAUGUAGAUGAAGAUGUAGAUAUUGAUUCAGAUGAGGGAAAUUAUAAAGACAAAGUAUUUAAUAGUGAUGAAGAUUCGGAUAUAGAAAUAUCUAAUGAACUCACGGGUGACAAAAAGGCAGUUUUAGAUUUUAUGCAAACUGCUUUGCCUUCAGAGCUGCUUCUCAUGGCUCAAUGUUCUCAAAAAAGAGCUAACGCUAUUAUAGCUGUGAGACCAUUUGAAGAUUGGAGAGACUUAGUGAAUAAAUUUCAAAAUACAAAAUACUUAGAUACAGAAUUAUUGAAUGCAGCUCAGGUGUUACUAUCUACACGACACGUAGUAGAACUUCUUAUGAAAAAAUGCUUUCGCCUGUCUACCAACAUGGAGAAAGCUGUAGCUGCUGGAGCUUCGACUAUAACAGAACAACCAAAAAUGUUAUCACCGAAUUUAACAUUGGCUCCAUAUCAAAUGGUUGGUCUAAACUGGCUUGCUGUUAUGCAUGCACAGAAUGUAAAUGGUAUAUUAGCUGAUGAAAUGGGUCUAGGAAAAACGGUACAAGUGAUAGCGUUUUUAACAUAUUUGAAAGAAGCUGAUCUUCUCGAUGAAAAAGACGGACCGCAUUUGAUUGUUGUUCCCAGUUCGACUAUGGAAAAUUGGUUGGACGAGCUGGAAAGAUGGUCGCCUAGCUUGAAGGUUGUACAGUAUUAUGGUUCUCAAGAGGAACGAAAAGAAAUGCGAAUGGGUUGGCGAAACGGUGAUCUCGAUGACGUUGAUGUUUUGUUAACUACAUAUAAUUUAAUCUCUAGCACCCCGGAAGAGCGUAGAUUGUUCCGCGUUAUGCCGUUAAACUACGUAAUCUUUGAUGAAGCUCAUAUGCUCAAAAAUAUGAGCACUGUUAGAUACGAAAAUCUCGUCAGGAUUAAUGCUAAACAUCGAAUUUUAUUGACCGGUACGCCUCUACAAAAUAAUCUAUUGGAAUUAAUAUCUUUGUUAAUAUUUGUGAUGCCUUCACUAUUUGCUGGAAAACAAGCAGAUUUAAAAAGCCUAUUUUCUAAAAAUACUAGAAUAUCGAGUGAUAAGAAGGAUGGAGAACAACCGUUAUUCGAAAGAGAACAAGUUAAAAACGCAAAGAAAAUUAUGCGGCCUUUUGUCCUUCGACGACUUAAAAAGGAAGUUUUACGUGAUUUACCCUAUAAAAAAGAUGAAAUAAUACGAUGUGCAUUAAUUGAAAAGCAACAAAAUAUGUAUGACAAGUUAGUCGCACAAUUUUCGGCAGAGGCCAACGAAAUUACGGAUGUAAAUGGAACUGGCAUGAUGAUGCAACUAAGAAAGCUCGCCAAUCAUCCUCUUCUCGUACGUGAUUAUUACGAUGAGAAAAAACUCAAGACUAUAGCAAGUAGACUGGCAAAAGAAUCAGGCUAUAAGCAAAAGAACCCAGAAUACAUCUUUGAAGAAUUGAUUUGGACAUCUGAUUAUCAAAUAAAUCAAUUAACUCGUAUAUACAAAAGUAUAGCUGGAUUUGGUUUGCCUCAAGAACUUAUUCCUCAAGCUGGUAAACUGAAGGAACUAGACAAAUUGCUGCCACAAUUGAAAGUAGAUGGUCAUAGAGUGCUUAUUUUUAGCCAAUUUACUAUGGUAUUAGAUAUACUCGAAGAAUACUUAGCUAUCAGGGGACAGACGUUCUUAAGGCUAGAUGGCAGUACACCAGUGACUGAGAGGCAAACUCUUAUAAAUGAAUACACACAAGAUCCGAGUAUAUUCAUAUUUUUAUUAUCAACAAGAGCUGGAGGUUUGGGGAUCAAUUUAACUGCUGCCGAUACAGUUAUAAUACACGACAUAGAUUUCAAUCCCUACAAUGACAAACAAGCAGAAGAUCGAUGUCAUCGUGUAGGACAAAAAAAACCAGUUACCAUAAUAAGAUUGUUAAGCGAAGGCACGAUAGAAGAAGGCAUGUAUGAAAUAGCGCAAGAAAAAUUGCAUCUUGAACGACAAAUUACCGAAAAUGAAGAAAAUGAGAAUGCAGAUAAAAAGUCGGUUUUAAAAUUAUUGAAAAUGACCAUAGGCCAGGAUGUUCAUAAUAAAUCUUUGUCAUCACUAAAAAACACCAAUAAAGGAAUCGAUGCAAUAGGAAAUGAUGAAAAUUGCAAAUAAGGAACUUGAUUCCGAUUGUAAUAAUCAUAAUUUUGAUAUAUUCCAUUUAUCUAUAUUGUACACAUGUCAAAUCAUUGUAAACACACACGGAAGGAUGAAAUUGUAUUUUGUAAAACAUCCACUUUUUAACUUCAAUUCAGCGAUUCACUCGAAAUAUAUCACGAUUUGUAGAUUUCUUAUUUA